UAAACUCUUUCUUUACGUAAAAUAAGAAAUUACAUCGUUAUGAUUUUAUUUACAUUUUGAUAUGAUAUCAUCGAUGAUAUCAUGCAUGUUGAAUCAUGAUUAUAAAUUUAUAAUGAUUUGGAAUGAAAAAUAUUCUGGUGGUUAAUUACUAGGUAGAGCAGAAAGGAAAGGGGCCAAGACCGAGAAGGUCAUAAGCCAUAGCCGUGGUGGGAGACAAGUUAUACUCGAUUUCGGCGGAGAGUUAACAUCAAACGUCCCUAUCGACAAUAUAUAAGGACCUUCAUGUAUUUGACCUCAACACUCACACUUGGUCCAUAACUCCGGACAGCGGAGAUAUCUCAGUUGCUUAGGCGUCUGCAUGGUGCCCGUUGGAUCCACACUCUACGUUUUCGGCGGCCGUGAUGCGUCCAGAAAGUACAACGGGUUUUACUCGUACGACACGGUGAAGAACGAGUGGAAACUUGUGACUAGGGUGGAGGAAGGACCUGAAGCUCGUAGCUUCCACUCGAUGGUUUCGGAUGUGAAGCACGCAGUCUGGAAGCACGUGUACUUGUUUGGUGGGGUGAGUAAGACCGUGCGGCUCAAGACGCUAGACGCGUUUAACGUUGAUGAUCAGAAGUGGAUUAAGCUACCAAGUCCGGGUGAUUCUUGCACAGAAAGAGGAGGAGCGGGCCUCGUAGUGGUUCAAGGGAAGAUAUGGGCGCUUUACGGGUUUAAUGGGAACGAGUGUGAUGAUAUCCAUUGCUUUGAUGUGGACCGAAAGGAGUGGACGGAAGUGGCGACUACUGGAGAGAAGCCUUCACCGAGGAGCGUGUUCGCUGCAGCUGCUGUGGGUAAAUAUGUUAUAGUAGUUGGAGGCGAGAUUGAGAUGGAUCCUCAGGCUCAUGUUGGUCCUGGGAAAUUGUGUGGUAUAGCUUUCUUGUUGAACACGAAAACGUUGGAGUGGAAGAAACUGGAAGAUGGAGGAGAGGAGACGCGACCAGGACGGCGUGGUUGGUGUGCAUCGACGGCUGCGACAAUCAAUGGAAGAAAAGGGAUGCUGAUGUUUGGUGGGAAGGCUCCCACAAACGACCGGUGAGAUGAUCUCUACUUCUACGCAGUGAAUAAUAAUCUGCUUAAUGACCUCAUCAAUGUGUGUAACUGUGAUUAUAUAAGGAGAGAUUUGUGUGAGACGACUGAGAGUCAAUAAGAAGUUGAUGUCAAGUAUUAAAUAAAGUGUCUCUCCUUAUGAUUUGAAAGUUGUUGUGGUUGAAACCAUCGAAGUCUGUUUUUAAUUAAUAAAAGUAUGUACUCUGUACGUUGUUGUGGUUUGAAAGUUGGUGUGGUUUUGAAAUCAUCAAAAUACUUAAAAAUGAAGAGUAUG